CUUCACUUUAUUUUGUUUGUGGUGCAUUGUUUUUAUUGAAUAUUCGUGAAUAACGUUUCCGCGCAAAAAACUGGUCUUUUGGGCAACACCUCUAUUCACCCCCCCCCUCUAGAGCUGUGCGAGGCGUCUAACAAGUGGUAUCAGAGCGAGGGAUUUUCAAAGAUUUACCGCUGAAAAUUUAAAAAGAUCAUGGCCGGAAGAACAUUUCAACCCGGAGUUGCCGAAGGACAAUCCACGACAAGGCCACCACUCUUCGACGGCAAAAAUUAUGCUUAUUGGAAAGAGAGGAUGAGAAUAUUCAUCCAAUCAAAUGAUUAUGAUUCUUGGCUGGUGAUCAAGCAUGGAGAGACGGUUCCCACGAAGAUUGUUGACGGGAUUCUUGUUCCAAAGUUAGAGAUCGAAUAUACCUCAAAUGACAAGAAGAAGAUGCAACUAAAUGCAAGGGCCAUCAACUUUCUAUAUUGUGCCGUGAACCCGGAUGACUAUCGGAAAAUCUCAAGGUGCAAGACAGCCAAUGAGAUGUGGAACAAAUUAGAGGUCACUUAUGAAGGAACAAGUCAAGUGAAGGACUCAAAGAUCGACUUGUUCACCCAUGAGUAUGAGCUUUUCAUGAUGAUGGAAAAUGAAACAAUAGAUGGCAUGUUCGAGAGAUUUUCAACUAUCAUCUCAAAUUUGGAUACACUUGGGAAGCAUUAUGAGGAUCAUGUUCUCGUUCGAAAAAUCCUUCGAAGUCUCACACCGGAAUGGAAGUCUACGGUCAAUCCUAUCAAAGAAGGCUGAGAUUACAAUACAUUGACAUAUGACGCACUUCGAGGUUUUGAUAAUGACAAAAGGGUGACAAAACAUCAUCAUCAUAUUGUGCAUCAAGGCUAAGAAUCAAAGCUACAACAAGUU